AACCCUAAACCCUGUUUACCUUAUCCAGUGCAGCCCCACGCCACGCCACGUAACCUUCAAAUCUCCGCCACAAUCAUCCACCUUCCAUGCCAUCCAACCUCAGUGCCAACAAAAAUCCCACCACCAUUCUAAAAAUUCAAAAAUGGCUCUGUUCUUGGCGCCACCGCCGCCGAACCCUAAAUACCCAAAUCCAAACCCUAACCCAAACCCCCAAACAAAAUCAAUCACGCACAAUCACAGGAUUUUAAUCCACCACGCAUCCACCGCAAAAUCGACGGGAAUCCGCUGCUUGAGAAAAAUCGUAAACGCCACGCCGCCGUCGAUUGCGGAAGCAGACGGAAGGGAUUCGAACUCCGGCGACCGGAUUCCGCUCUCCGACGUGGCGGUAAUUCGGCGACCGAACGUCUUCCGCCGCGGCCGGAAGUGGAAUUCCCUCGACGUGGCGACGGUUGCCGUCGUCGUCGCUAUGCAUACGCUCUGCCUCUUCGCUCCUUUCACCUUCAAUUGGAGCGCCAUUGCCGUCGCUGCUGCUCUGUAUCUCAUCACCGGCCUCUUCGGAAUCACUCUCUCCUUCCAUAGAAACCUCUCCCACAGAAGCUUCAAAAUCCCCAAAUUUCUAGAAUACCUUUUCGCUUACUGCGGCGUUCAAGCCCUUCAGGGGAAUCCAAUGGAUUGGGUGAGCACACACAGAUAUCAUCAUCAAUUCUGCGAUACAGAGAAGGAUCCACACAGUCCAAAGGAGGGAUUCUGGUUCAGUCACAUGAGUUGGCUUUUCGACACCAACACUGUUCUUGAAAGAUGUGGGAAUUCGAGCAAUGUUGGUGAUUUAGAGAGGCAGCCAUUUUACAGGUUUUUGAAAAGCACUUACAUAGUUCAUCCAAUGGCUCUUGCAGCAUUGCUUUAUGCAAUUGGAGGGUUUCCUUACAUUGUUUGGGGAAUGGGUGUGAGGAUCGUGUGGGUGUACCACAUAACUUGGUUUGUGAACUCGGCGUGCCAUGUCUGGGGACGACAACCUUGGAACACCGGGGACCUUUCGCGCAACAACUGGUGGGUGGGUUUGCUUGCAUUUGGGGAAGGAUGGCACAACAACCACCAUGCCUUCGAAUACUCGGCAAGACAUGGACUGGAAUGGUGGCAGAUCGACGUCACUUGGUACGUCAUCAGACUUCUAGAAGCCGCCGGAAUAGCCACCGACGUCAAGCUUCCCACCGCCGCCCACCGCCGGCAAAAGCUCCGUAUGCUUUAACAGUCGUUUAACUUAGAAGUCUCGUACUCAUUUUGCAAUUUAAUCCGAUUUAAUGAUCCCACAAUUACAAUUUCACUUCAUAAUAUUUGGUAAAUAAUUAAUAUAA